CCAGCAGCCUUUCCCACAGUGACUUAGAGCAAGGUCUCCUAGUGCGCGGGAUCCGAGUGCAGACACACUCGGCCCACAGCUUGCAAGACCUUGGGCGAGUCGUUUGCAUCUUUCUACGUAGGGACAGUUGUGGAAGCUUCCCGCGAGGCAGCUUGACUUAAAGCAAGAAGGCCAUCUUUUAAAGAAAUGAUGAAAAUACAUCAGUUUUGCAAGAUCACUAUCUUGAUUCAUCAUGGAAAAAUGAAAAUGGCCUUAUUCCCCCUUUUUCUUUUUAAUUUUAAAUAGCCAUGGACUCUGGAUAACACCAUUAGUGAAGAGAAUAGAGCUGCCAUUGAGAAAAUGCUGUUGGAAGAAGAGUAUUACUUAUCUAACAAACCAUUUUCAGGAAAAUUCUGGCGUGAUCAAAAGGAAGAUGAUAAAUACGUAAAUAGGGUACAAUCUCCUUCAAAACCAGCCAGUUAUUCAGUAAAGUGGACAGCAGAAGAAAAAGAACUGUUUGAACAAGGGCUGGCUAAAUUUGGCCGAAGGUGGACGAAAAUUGCAAAGCUAGUUAAAAGUCGCACUGUUUUACAAGUGAAGAGUUAUGCCAGACAAUACUUUAAAAAUAAGGUAAAGUGCAGUCUGGAGAAGGAAACAGUGACUCAGAAGAGCAGCUGUGAGCUUCAGAUUCAAAAUGAAGAUAAAAUGACAAAGGCGUGGACAUCACAUUUGAAGGGGCGUGCCGAUCCUAACCUGAAUGCUGUAAGAAUUGAAACAUUAUCUGACGAUGAGGAAGUAGACAUCACAGAUGAGGUGGACGAGGUGACCUCUUCUCGCAGUGGUCUCACUGUAGACUUUCCUGUUAGCAAAAUACAUGAAAGCAGUGAAAGAGGAAUCAUAUGCCUGGAAGGGCCCAUUCCUAAAUCUUCUGGGGAUUGUCCUCAGAACAGAAAGCAAGAGGAAACAGAAGCACUUUCAAGCUUAGAUGCUACUGUGUGGACUGAAAAGCACAGCAACAGUGACAGAAGCCCAGCUGAAUUAAAUGAUCAGAAAUACAGUAGACCUACUGGGAACUGUGAGGGGCAGGGGCACAGUAGAAAUGGACAAACAGGUGAUAACAUAUGGCAGCCUUCUCCAGAGCCUUGUAAGGUUAAGCAAGAUUUGAGCAGGAAUGCAACACAUGUGCAGUCUUCUUGCCAAAUGGUGGAGGAAAGCUAUGAGGAAGAAGAGCUCCAGCCACCUGAACAAGAAGUGGAAAUAGAUAGAAAUACCAUUCAGGAGGAAGAAAAGCAAGCAAUUCCUGAGUUCUUUGAGGGGCGCCAAGCUAAAACACCAGAACGCUAUUUGAAAAUUAGGAACUACAUUUUGGAUCAGUGGAAGCUGUACAAACCAAAAUACUUAAAUAAGACCUCAGUACGUCCUGGCCUGAAGAACUGUGGAGAUGUUAAUUGUAUUGGACGGAUUCAUACAUACCUCGAGUUGAUAGGAGCAAUCAAUUUUGGAUGUGAACAGGCCGUGUAUAACAGACCACAACCAGUUGAUAAAGUGCGGAUUAGAGACAGAAAAGAUGCAGUAGAAGCGUACCAGCUUGCCCAGCGCCUGCUGUCCAUGCGCACAAGGAGACGUAGGGUCCGAGACCCCUGGGGAAACUGGUGUGACCCGAGGGACUUAGAAGGGCAGACGUUUGAGCAUCUGUCUGCUGAGGAGUUAGCAAAAAGAAGAGAAGAGGAAAAAUGCAAACCAAGUAAAUCUUCCAAAGUGUCAAAACAAUCAAAAAGCUCAUUUGAUCCCUUCCAACUGAUACCUUGUAAUUUCUUCAAUGAAGAAAAGCAGGAGCCAUUUCAGGUGAAAAUAGCUUCAGAAGCACUUUUAAUAAUGGAUUUGCAUGCUCAUAUAUCGAUGGCAGAAGUAAUCGGUUUAUUAGGAGGAAGAUACUCAGAAGCUGAUAAGAUCGUUGAAGUUUAUGCAGCAGAGCCAUGCAACAGCCUGAGUACAGGGCUCCAGUGUGAAAUGGACCCCGUGUCACAGACGCAGGCCUCAGAAACUUUGGCUGCCAGAGGCUAUAGUGUUAUCGGAUGGUACCAUUCUCAUCCUGCCUUUGAUCCCAAUCCUUCUUUACGUGAUAUUGACACCCAAGCCAAAUAUCAGAGUUACUUCUCCAGAGGAGGAGCAAAAUUCAUUGGAAUGAUUGUGAGUCCUUAUAAUCGAAACAAUCCACUACCAUACUCCCAGAUUACCUGCUUAGUUAUAAGUGAGGAAAUUAGCCCGGAUGGCUCCUAUCGUUUACCUUACAAAUUUGAAGUACAACAGAUGUUAGAAGAACCUCAGUGGGGCCUAGUGUUUGAAAAGACAAGAUGGAUAAUAGAAAAGUACAAGCUCUCCUAUAGCAGUGUCCCCAUGGAUAAAAUCUUCCACCGGGAUUCUGACCUGACUUGUUUGCAGAAACUUUUGGAGUGUCUGAGGAAAACACUGAGCAAAGUGACCAAUUGCUUCAUUGCUGAGGAAUUCUUAACUCAGAUAGAAAAUUUGUUCCUCUCCAAUUACAAAAGCAAGCAAGAGGAUGGAGUGGCUGAAGAGAAUUGUACAAAGGAGUUGUGUAUGCAAUUAUUUUAAAGGUGACCCGGUAGCUGGUGCAGCAGGAUGCCAAGGCAUGGUUCUGCAUUGUGCCAGCAGAAGAACCAGUAACCCUGACUGCCACAUUGGUAGCCUCACAUCUGUGGGAUGUUGGUAUGUGCCCUUGCACUGGUUUCUCAGUGGGAACUGAGUGAGGGCACCCAAAUGUUUUGCUCACGCACUCUGUGCCCUAACAAUGAUAGCUAGAGAUGAAAUCUAGCAUUGUACAAUGGCAGAAAAAAAACUUCUUUCCCAAAAACCCAGAGAAAAACACAAGUUCAGAUGGAUGUGUGCUUUCUCUUGGUUGAGAGAUUGGUUGAGAGAACAGAUCUAUAUGUCCAGCUUAGUACUACUUUCAUAAUGUUCUUACAAAUGAAUGUCUCUGUAAUGGCCUAGAACUAUCACUGGGAGAAUAAUGUAAUACACUUUUAGCUUAUUAUUUCCCGACCUUUUCUUAAAAGGUUUUAUAUGUGCUAUCCCCCCACUACCAGUCUGUUAUUUUUGUUUCAUGUUGGUUUCAUACAUUUGUGCUUUGUGGCAUUUCCUCUCAGCUACCUUACCUUCUUUCCUGAAACAGGGGAGUUUAUAAAUACCUUGUCUCCACUAAAUCAGGAACAAAUAAGAAUAGCUGAGCAGGGACUGGGCAGAUGGCUCAGUGUUAAGAGCGCUUGCUGUACAAGUUCAGGGGUGAGGACUCAGAGCCCGGUGCCCAUGUGGAAAAUGUGCUUAGACCCCAGCGCUGUGGGGGCAGACAACAGGAAGAUUGCUGGGGCUCUCUGGUCAGCCAGCCUUGCAGAACUCAGGAAGAAACAGUCUGGGUGAAAUAAACCAGAAAAGCAAUUAGAGGAGAACACACGACCUCUUCCUCUCACCUCCUCACAGAGCUUGCAAAUCAGCACGUGCACAAAUAAACAGGGCCCAGAGAAGCGACAAUUAUGGCAAGACUCUCCCAGUUAAACUGGAGAAGGUAAAAUUAACUCAUGAAGCCUGGGUUGGUUUCUUCCUUUGUGUGUGUGAACAUAUUCAUAGCUUUAAGCUUGGGAGGAAAUGCCUCAUUUGUUGUCUUUGAGAUUUCCUAGUAUAAUUUCUUAGGGAUUAUGAAGUCUGUUAAUAAAAGUGGUUUCACAGGUUAUUACAAAACUGCUUGUUGUAGCCUAUAAGUCAUAAAAAGUGUAUUUGGAUUUUAGCAUGAUUUACAUAGAUCAAUUGUAUAUCUUUAAACUUGAGGAUUUGAUGUGUACAGUGUAUAUUGUUUAUAUAUUUACUAGACAAUGCACAACUGUUGAUAAAUAAGCCUUUUUCCCAAA